AUGUCUGGAUACAAGGUGACUGAGGAAUCAACAAGAAGACGUGCUCUGCUGGACCUCAUAUUUGCAAAGAAGGAAGAACUUGUUGGGGAAGUUAAGGUAGGGGGCAGCCUUGGCCGCAGUGAUGAAAAGAUGGUGGAUUUCAAGAUCUUGAGCAUGAGGAACAAGACAAAAAUCAGCAUUGCAACCCCGGAGUCAGCAUGGAUUCACAAAGGGGAAACUAAUUACUCACCUGAUACACACACCUUGCAAUGUUACACUUGCCGUGAACCUACUGCUGUUGAUAAGUGCCUGACAAUCCAGAACUGCGCAAAGAACGAAACGAUGUGCAAGACAACCAUGUAUUCCCUGGAGGAUGUUUAUCCCUUCAUAGGAAUCUCAACCGUCACCAAGAUGUGCUCUGCCAUCUGCGUCCCAUCUGAUGUGGAUGGGAUUGGCAUGACGCGCCCCGUCUCCUGCUGUUACUCUGACUUGUGCAAUGCUGAUGCCGCAGCUAGUUUGAGGAUCAGCUUUUUGCCAGUUGGGGUGCUAGCAAGUUCCCUUUGUGCCCUCUUCUGGACUAGACUGUGA